UAAAACUAAUAAUGGCUUUGUAAGAUAACUUCAGCCACAGCAUGGAAAGUACAGCACAAGUCAUGUAAACACAGAACAUUGAUAGCGGUUUUACAAUUUUCUGACUCCAGCACUCCAAAAGGUUCCCCCUUGAAGUAAGCAGGAUAAGUGGAUUAUCCAUACAGAUUCAGUGACUGAAUUAGGCUUUCACUUCAUUACUAGUGAAUUCAGCUGAAAAGCUUUUGCAUGGACAAGAUUCUCUUUUCACGGGACGGGUAAGGUAAAUCCUAAAUCUACUAAAAACUGAGAACAUGGUGCCAUUCCUACUACCUGAGCAAAAUAAAACUGUUAUGUUCAGUACAGCCCAAUAAAGCCUUGUCCAUCAUCAUUUAAGUUACUAUCUAAAAUGUAGUUUGAUUAAGUCUUUUAUUAUUGGAACUUUUGGGAAGUACUUGCUUGCAUAUCUAAACUAUUUUUUUCUUGCAGUGACAAAAAGUGAAGAAGUAGAAAUAUGUAUGGUUAAACACUUGCGAGUAGAUCGAGAGGAGAAAUAUGAAAUAGUUGAAAAGUGGUUUUUGAAAGAUCUACAGAUGAUUGAUGGAAAAGAAGCAGAUACUGAUAAUCCAUAUUUUGAUAUGCACUUCCACAGAGUCUACAAUCUGGAAGCAUAUAGUUGUGCAUCUAAAUAUACCUUUGCUCGAACACUAAACAAACUGAAUGAAAUGUACCUUAAGAAGGACUUGAAGAUUGUGAACUUUGAUGACACCUACCUAAAUGAUGAUUCAAUCUGGUCAUCCAACAAUAGGGAUUGCUUAGUACUUAUGAGGAUAUGCUUCUACGCUUCCAACCUUUUAUGUCUCUCCUUGUGUCCUUUGUCCUAAAGAUGCAUUUUCUAACAUUAAGAUGACUGGUUGACUUUCACUGACCAGCUUUUCAUAAAUAAUCUGAUCAAAAAGAUAGUGAGUGAUAUGCAGUAUCUGCUUUUUAACAUUACAUAUAAGUAAAAAAAUGGAACAUACUUUUUACAUAAACAAUUGACCAUUUAUUUGCAUAUAUUAGGAGAGCCUCACUCUGGCAAAAACUGACAAAUAUAUGAGAUUUUCAACAUAGCACCAGUAAUUCUCAUGGUCAGUGGUGAUUACUUAUGUAAGUAGAGCUCAGCAUUUGCUCAUAUGUUCAUAGAGGUAUAAAUUGUCUUCCGUUAAUAGCUGGAAAGCUAUUUUUAAAGCAUUAAGAGCAUUAACAGUUAUUUUUUACAUCCUAGAAGUAGAAAAAAAGAAAGCAACCAAGUGAGUUCUGUACAAGAAUGAUGCACAUUUCCACUUUAACUCCAUUAAAGAGAUCAUGCCUACAUCAAUACAAGAAUCCAACCCUCAUCCCGAUGAAUUGGAGUUUUGCAUUCGGGUACCAUGGGACCAAGUUUUCACCUUUUGGCCUUUCCAUUAUUUGUGGUACUUAGAAAAUGAACGUUCUUAAGCAUAAUUGCUUUAUAUAUCAGAUGUUUCAGAACUUUUUUUGUUUUAUAUCAUUAACAUCACCUUCCUGGCACUUUAUUGUUUAUGUGUAUGAACAGACCCAGUUAGGAAACAGAAAUUAUUUGCUCUACUUCUGAACCAAGAGUUAACAAAAUACUAUGUAAACAGCAGUUGCUGGCUACUACAAUUACUUCAUAGGCAAGUGUAGACUUUUCAAAAUUCAUAGAAUUAUGAAAAUAAUUUUUACCAGUUUAUAGCUUUUUGUUGGCAUAUUCAAUGCACCACUUAAGCAUGUAUUAGUAGAGUUACUUUAUCAUGGGUUGGAGUCUACUGAGUGGUUUGGAAGAUCUCACCCGUAACAAAAAAUAACAGCUGGACUUGUGACAGCAUGAUAUUACAGUAGAAACAGAGGAUGAAUUAAAGCUGUAUUCAAGACCUGAAGAGGAACAAAGUUGACAAUAAGAAGCACAGUGAUAUUGCCCAGUGUCAGUCAACUAAGCUAGCUGGCUGCUCUUCCCGUAGCCAACAGAGAAAGAAAUGCCAACCCAAAAGGUGAUUGGGAGAAGCUUCUGAUCAGAAUGCCCUGCAGGAGAAAAUUUGCUUUCCUGUUUAGCAGCCAGGAGAGUACAGGGAGACUAGCUGUGGAUUAAACCAGCUACAAACCUACAGUUGACCAAUGUAAAUAGCUCCUAGGAAGUCAUGAGCUGGUUACUGUCUUCUCUCAGUACCUGCCAUCUGUAAAAUGGAAUAGUUGUGCAAGGGUACUGUGACUUGUACUUCACUGUUGUCUUUCACAGGGACUCCCACCUUUGAAAACAUUUGUGUAAAUGUAUUUUGGAUUCAAAGUUGAAGUAACAUCAAAUGAGGAAGAAUAUAUUUGAAAAACUGUAUAUAAAAUGUACAGCUUUCUACGUUACUUUUAAAAUGUUAUCCUAUUGCUUGUAUAUAGGAAAGGCCAUAACUUUGAUUAGCUAAUCUUCAGAAGCUAUAUAUUUAUCUAAGCAUAUGUUGUAAAUUACAUUCAUUCUAAUAGAAAUCUUAGUAAUUAUGCAUUAUCUUGUCAGUUGUGAAGGUAGUUUAUGUGGGUAACACAAAUCUUCUGGAAUUUGUAAGAACUUAAGUCUUACAUUUGCCACCUAAAUACUGUUAGAGAGAAGGACUGUAUUUAUAGUAAUUCAUAGUAAAUGCAGUUGUUCUUUUCAGGCUGUCUUUGGGAUAAUCCAGUGCAAGGAUGUGGGUUGUAACAUGUGGUCCAAAGCUACUGCAACUAUUUGCCCAACAUCCAGGUUCCACAAAACCGUCUUCAGUAGCAAGUAUAAAUCAGACUACUGUUACGUAUGAUACAUUGUUGCGUUUGGACUGUGUAUUAAUUGUAGAGGUUACAAUGUUUUCUGUAAUGUUUACAAAUUCUUUGCUUAAUAGGCACAAGGAAACAUUUCCUGGGUGGAAAAGCUCCCGUCUUUCAUCUUGUAAUUGUAAGAAAAACAUAGAAUCUCUAAUACCGAGCACUUCAGAGCAUUCUUAUGAAAUAAAGUACAGGUGUAGUGAAUUCCUGACCAA